GAGGGAAUCAGAGGGAAUAAACAAAAAAAAAUGUCUAUGGUUUGUUAUGUUAUGUUUUACGGCAACAUUUCGUUUGACAAUAAUAAACAUAACCUAACCAAGAAUAAAAAUACUUUACUAAUUCUUUGUAUGGAGAUAAUUUUUGAUUCUGUAUUUACUUAAUUGUAAUAUAGGUGACAAUUAAAUUAAAUUACAUAUAACUGUGUCAACAAUACCAUGUCUACCCGCGAAAUAUUAAACUUGCAAUUUGGCCAUUAUAGUAACUAUGUUGGUGCUCACUUUUGGAGCAUUCAGGAAUUAAGUUUUGAUUAUACCGGUACUUUAAAAAAUGAAGUAAACCACGAUAUUCUGUAUCGAGAAGGGCAAACUGCAAAAGGCGAGGUUACUUAUACACCACGAUUAUUAUUAGCAGCUUUGAAGGGUUCUUUGAAAACUUUACCAGAAACUGGUGGUUUACCUUCAGAACAGGAAGAAGCUAACACAUUAUGGGAAAACGUAGAGAAGAUAGAAGAACCACCGGCAGCGAAGAAUGAGUACCUGACAGAUAUUGAUGCUGAAAGCACAUCAACAGCAAAAGAAUAUGAUCUAGAUCAAUCUGUAACUACAUGGACAGACUUCCUGUAUCCCCGAUUUCAUUCCAGAACAGUGAAUGUUGUAAGAGAAUAUCAACAUGAUAAUGAUAAGGAAUGCUUUGAAAUAUCAAAUACAGGCCGUUCCCUAUGGAAAUCAGAUUAUGGUGACAACUUCAUGGAUAAUAUUAGGAAAUAUGUUGAAGAAUGUGACAGUAUACAAGGUUUCAAUGUUACCUUUGAUAGUACCGAUGGAUUCGCUGGAUUAGCGAUAGGUUGUAUAGAACAUCUAGCUGAUGAAUAUUCCAAAUCAAUCUUAGCACAUCCAAUCAUUGCAUCACAUUUUCCUGAUAACAAUCCCAUCACACAGGAAGAAAGAGACAAAUCUAAUUUAAAAGACUCUACUAGAUUAGUGAACUUAGCAAUGUCAUUGCAAGAACUGUCAGAACAUGCCUCUUUGUUUGUGCCUCUUUGUAUGGGAGAAAAAGGGUGGCGAAAACCUGGUAAUGGUAGGGUAUUUGAGUAUGUUAAUUACAAACCAGAGCUAUAUUAUCACUCUUCAGCUUUAUUAGCAUCUGCCAUGGAUACCUUGAGUCAGAAAUACAGACUCAAAAGUAAUAUUUAUACUUUAUCAGAUAUAUGUGCAGACAUGACUGGUUAUGGAAGAAAAAUGGCAGCAGCGUCUUUAGGCAUGCCAUUUACAUUUGGAGAAUCAGAGUACUUGAUUGAUCAUUUGAAUAAUACUACAAAACCUAUAUAUUCAUCAAUAACUCCUAGCUGCAAGAUUGCAACAGAUAAGAUUUUCCAGUUGAUUACAGUUAGAGGUAUACCAGAAAGUUAUCUGAAGGCAUCAAUGAAUGAAGCUAAAGCACAGUUAAAUCUGCCUGCUUACAGAUGUAAUAAUGUCAAAGAGAUGUUUCAGCUUUUUUUCCAAGCUAGCAACUUUCUUUCAGCAACAAAUAUCACUGUCUGUGAGAAACCUCUACAGUUGAAAACACCAUAUCCAAAAAUAUUUUCUGAUAAACUGAAUAGAUUUGGGUUUUUGAAGAAUAAUGACAGACAGGAGGUUGUUGAAAGUUGUCCUCUAAUUGCUGGAUACCACAAUGGCAAUUUCUUAGCUGAUGUAUUAGAGAAAUUGCACAGGGAAGUGAGUAGGAUAAAGUUUGGAAAGCUGCACAGGUUCAGAGACGAAGGCUUAGAAGCCGCUGAAUAUGCAGAGAGUUUGAACAAGUUGUCUGAAUUUAAAGAUAAUUAUGAAGAUGAGUUCGAAUUGUAACAAUUGGUUUUGUUAACACAAGAAAACUACAUGUCAUUUAACAAUUAAGCUUUUCCGCAAAUAUAAUAAAAGUUAUAUUAAUUUUUUUUGUAACAUACAAAUAAAACUCGUAAAUAAUAAGAAAUUAAAAUAAAAUUCAUAAAGUUUA